ACAGAAUAAUUGCUUUUAAACUUUUUGAGGAUCGUGAUACUGCAAUGUUCCUACGAUACCAAAAAACGAAAGAGGACCGUUUUGGGGAUUUCUGGACGCAGUCUGAGCUUUUUUUUUACCUUUUUUCUUUUUGACUGGCUCUAUGUGUAUCAGACUGCUCCUCAAUUCCUGUUUUGUUUCUGCCUCUGCAUCUUGGCGGUCGGAUUUAUUCCUCAGCGAGAUUUGUUGGGAAAAAUGUAAAAUACAAAAAAGGCUUUUAUUGUGCUACUCAUCAAGUCAAGCUUGGCAGACCUUUUUCUUCUGACUUUUCAUCAUUAUUUUUAGUAGACAACGCCUAUUAAAACUAUCACAGAAAUGACACUAACCAAAAGAGCACGCAAGGCAGCCGGUGACUUGUCCAACGCAGAGAAGAGGCGCAAGGUGCAGACAGGGGUUGAUGAGCCCAAAGUGAAGGCAGUCGCAAAGAAGGCGCCUGUCGCUAAGAGGGGCGUGGCGGCGGCGAGAGGCAAAGCGCGGGCAAAGACCAGCGUCAAGGCCAGGACUACAAAAAAGAUGACACCCUCGGCAGAGCCAGAGGCAACACAAGAGGCAGCUGCGCCACAGAAGCCAAUGGCACCCGUAGCUAAGCCAUUCAUCAAGUCGCGCACAGAGCCAGUCCAUGCGCUGGCUACGCGGGCGACAGUGCCGGGAACCGUGCACGUGUUUGGAAUGCCGUUCCCGAUGGACAGCCUCGACCAGCAGAUAGUCGAUGUGGUCUCUGGCGGUUUGCACACGAUGGCGCUAACGUUGGACGGCAAGCUGUGGUCGUGGGGGUGCAAUGACCAGCGGGCGUUGGGCCGCAACGGCGAGGAGAACGUGCCUGGGCUCGUCGAGGGCCUCGACGGCAUUGCCAUCACACGUGACGGCCACGUUUACUCGUGGGGCACGUUCCGCAGUGCCGAGGGCAUCAUGGGAUUCAGCGAGGAGACCGAGAUCCAGGCCACACCGGCGGUUAUCAACAACUUCCGCGAACCCAUCGUCAACUUGUGCGCCGGCGUCGACCACGCGCUUGCGCUAUCGGUUAGCGGCAAGGUAUACGCCUGGGGCUACGGCCAGCAGGGUCAGCUGGGCCGCCUGAUCAUGGAGCGCCGCCGCAUGCACGGCCUGACGCCCGAACGCAUCCGCCUGCAGGAUGUCCACCAAAUUGGCUGUGGCUCGUACCACAGCUUUGCCAUCACCAAGGACGGCUCCAUUGUGCAUGAGCCGACGCAAGUUGCCGCUCUGAAGGGUGCCAACAUUAUCAAGAUUGUCGGCGGUGAGCACCACACCAUUGCGCUGACCGCUGAGGGUAAGCUGUUCUCCUUUGGUCGCUCCGAUUCGCACCAAACCGGACUUCCCUUUGCCACGCUGGUCCAGGACACCGAGAGCAUGCAGAUCAACGCCAACUCGCAGGCCACCGAGGAUGCGUCGGCGCACAAAAAGGCGAUCAACUUGCCGACGCAGAUCGAGUCCAUCCCUUCUAUUGUCGACUUUACCUGCGGCUCUAACCACAACAUUGCAGUGAGCCAGGACGGCAAAGCGUACACGUGGGGCUUUGGCGAGAUGCUACAGCUGGGCAAUGGCGAGGAGGAGGACAUCGCCGAGCCCACGCUUUUGAGGGGCCAGAAGAUCGACGGCAAGGUCGUCUCCAAGGUUGCUGCCGGUGGCCAGCACUCGGUUGUGCUUGCCGCUUAGAGCCUGCUGAUUUUUACGUGACAAGGAUUAGUCGACCUCAACUUUUCCUUUUCUUUUAAGGGCGGGCCGAAACAAGGCCACAAGGCCACAUGUCUUUGUCUUUUUUCAACGUAUUCCAUUCCAUUUUCAUUAUUCAUUAUUCAAGACUGUAAACAGAAAAUUUUAAAAAUCGUUCAUGUUUAAAC